AAACCUUGUUAUAAUUGAUCAAAAAAUGAAUCUUUAUCUAGAAAUCCGAAAAAAAAAAAGAGGAAUCCCAAUAAAUUAGGUAGGUGAUUGAUAAUUCAAUUGGAAAAAUACAAAAAAGAAAAGAAAAGAAAAGGAUGGUGAAUUGAAUUUUGACAACGACUAUGGCAAUUUGGGGUUUUACAAAGUCGUCUAUUGUCACUAUAAAAUCCUAAAACAGUUACCUAACGUCAGACGCCAUUACUGGGUUGUCUGGAGUCUGAAGUCAUAACGAAUCACUCCUGCUUCUUUGUCCGAGAAUUAAAUGGAUAAUCUUUUGGGGUUGCUGAGGAUUAAAGUGAAGAGAGGCAUAAAUCUUGCUGUUCGUGAUGUCAGCAGCAGUGAUCCCUACGUUGUUGUCAAGAUGGCCAAGCAGAAGUUGAAGACUCGUGUCGUGAAGAAGGAUGUCAACCCUGAAUGGAAUGAGGAGCUGACACUUUCCAUUUCGGAUCCUAAUCUUCCAAUUCAUUUGACUGUGUACGACCACGACACGUUCAGCCUGGACGACAAGAUGGGGGACGCGGAGUUUGACAUCAGACCGUUCAUAGAAGCCGUGAAGAUGAAGCUCGAGGGCCUCCCAGAUGGCACCAUAAUCACGAAGGUGCCUGCCUCGAGGACAAACUGCCUGUCGGAGGAGAGCUGCGUGGUGUGGAAAGACGGGAAGGUGGUGCAGGAUCUGUGCCUCCGGCUGAGAAACGUCGAGUGCGGCGAGGUGGAGAUUGAGCUGCAGUGGAUCAAUGUCCCUGGCUCCAGAGGUUUGAUGGCUUAUUGAACAUUCUGUGCAAAACAUUGCUAAGUUUGUGAGGUUUGUAUAUUCUAUUCAGUGGGGAAAUUAUUGAGAGGCAUAUGAUAUUUAGCAUUGCUGCAAAGUUUGUACCCUAAAAGCCUAUGAUCUUUAAUGUAUUGGAAUUCUUGGAUCUCUAAAUGGUGAGUAAUGUAUGCUGCUUGUGUGCUCA